GAGGCUGCCAGCGCGCCGACCGCCGCCCUUCCCCCACCUGCAGCCGCGAGCGGGUCACAGGCCCCCCCCUCCCCUUCGCGCCGUCCCGCUCCGUGCUCGGGCUGGCUCGGAGCCACGAGUGGGAGGCUGACCCCUCCAGCUUUGUAUUUGUACUACUUUGCUUUUACUUCAAAACUUCAGAAAAUGAUUAAGUCCCAGGGAUUGGUUUCAUUCACGGAUGUGACUGUAGACUUCUCCCAGGAGGAGUGGGAGCAACUGGACCCCUCUCAGAGAAUUCUCUACAUGGAUGUAAUGCUGGAGAAUUAUAGCAACUUACUUUCAGUGGAAGUGUGGAAGGCUGACGACCAGAUGGAGAAGGACCAUAGAAACCCAGACGAAAAGUCAAAGAAGCAAUCAUCAGUUGAAGAAAGAGGUACUCUCCUUGGAAAGACAUUUAAUCUGAGCACAGACUUUGUUUCAUUAAGACAUGUUCCAUACAAAUAUGAUUUAUAUGAGAGAACUUUGAAAUAUAAUUCAGACUUACUUAAUAGGAGCUAUAUAAAAAAGACAGACAAUGAGUGCAAUGGAUUUGAAAAACCACUUUUGUAUCUGAAGCAAGAGAAAACUCAUCCUGGAGUAGAAUAUUCUGAAUAUAAUAAAGGUGGAAAAGCCAGCCAUAAAGAUGUCAUUUUUAAACAUCAGAAAAUCAAAAAUUUGGUUCAACCUUUUGUUUGUAAUUACUGUGACAAGACCUUCUCCUUUAAGUCACUUCUCAUUAGUCAUAAGAGAAUACACACUGGAGAAAAACCCUAUGAAUGUAAUGUAUGUAAGAAAACCUUCUCCCACAAGGCAAAUCUCAUCAAACAUCAGAGAAUUCAUACUGGGGAGAAACCUUUUGAAUGUCCUGAGUGUGGAAAAGCAUUUACCCACCAGUCAAACCUUAUUGUACACCAGAGAGCACAUAUGGAGAAGAAGCCCUAUGAAUGCAAUGACUGUGGAAAAACAUUUGCUCAGAAAUUUGAACUUACUACACACCAGAGAAUUCAUACAGGAGAACGACCCUAUGAAUGUAAUGAAUGUGCAAAAACCUUCUUUAAAAAAUCAAACCUCAUCAUUCAUCAGAAAAUUCACACAGGGGAAAAACGCUAUGAGUGCAGUGAGUGUGGAAAAUCUUUUAUCCAGAAUUCACAACUCAUCAUACAUAUGAGAACUCAUACAGGAGAGAAGCCCUAUGAAUGUACUGAAUGUGGCAAAACUUUCAGCCAACGAUCAACUCUUAGGUUACAUUUGAGAAUCCAUACAGGAGAGAAACCGUAUGAGUGUGCUGAUUGUGGAAAGGCCUUCAGCCGGAAGUCCCGACUCAGUGUCCAUCAGAGGGUUCACAUAGGGGAGAGACCCUGAGGCUGCAAUCAGACUGCGCUGUGGAAACCCAGAAUCCUUCCUGAAGGGGGAGGAGGAUCUCAUGAAACAUGCUGAAUCAACUUGGGAGUUCAUACUGGAGGAUACAGUCUCUCAACUCAGAUAUUUUUUUUUAAAAAGAAGGAUCUCUUAAGAAUAUUAUCCUGGAAGUUGGCCAUGAUAUCCAGCUAAGAAAACACAUCAUAAAAUACAGUUGUAAAUAGACAUACCCAACUAUAUUGCAUUGAGCUUUGUUGUUUGUUUUUUGGAGCUGGGGAUCAAACCCAGGGACUUACUUGUGCUUGGUAAGUGCUUUACCACUGAGCUACACCCCUACUUCACCAUAAGCUUUUUCAAAUUUUGAAUGAAGGGAAUAUUUUGAGAAGCAUAUAUAAGCAGUGCCCUAGAAAUUUAUGUCGCAAAACAAAUUAUUUUAAAACUGUUCAUGUGAAUAUAAUAGUCACUGGGCAUUUGAAAUUCUUGUCUUUGUGAUGAGUAGGAUACAUCAAGCAAGGUUUUCCAUACUAACCAUCACAUGUAUGUUUUGGUACCUUUCCAACUUAUUAUGCAUUCCAAAUAAAAUAUGUAACAGAUUUUAAAGUAGCAUGUAACCUCUAUUUCCCCUAUGGCUUGCUGGCAUCUGUAAGGUCCUUUGUCACUGGGCUGCCUCUUCACUAAAGGGAAGCACUGGAUAGAAAUGCGCACGGUCUGAGAGCGAGGAGUUCUCAGGAGUAAAAGGCAGCAGAUGUGAACUGUAUUACUCAGUAUGCACUACAGAAUAAAAUUGUGCUGUGCAGAGAA